GUUUUUGUAAACAAAAAGGUAUUUGAUUCAGCUACAUGUGCUUUUCGUGUUGAUUAUUUGUUGUGAAAGACAUGCUGUUUAUAUUGUGAAAGUGGAAUAUAAUUAUAAUGUCCGGAUAUUUAGAAGUGAAGUAUCCGUUCAGGUCAAAUCCGUUUAAGUCAUGGAAGCGACAAUGGUGCAUUUUGCGACCGAGCCCAACUUGUACGGGUGGCGGGUCUCUGGCUGUUUACUGCAGUGAGGCAGGGGCUCCCGCUGGAACUGUAGAAUUGCCCGCUGACUCCAUUGUACGAAGGGCAAAGUCUCGGACUCGCCCUAAUGCUUUCGCCGUGUUUUCUAUUGACGAACCUCGUAAGCCGCGAAUUUUGCUCGCGGCACAGUCUUUGACCGAGGCUAACAACUGGAUGGAAAAAAUACGUACUCUUUUGGACAGCAACAAAUUAAUAGGCACCGACAGCUUGCUCAAAGACUCAUACUCAGUAACGGUGAUACCGACUGAGUUGUCACGCAAAUGCGGACUCAACUGUGACAGUGUGCUGACGGUCUCGUCAUCUGGGCUGCUAGUAUCGCGAGCACACAAGCUCGGCACAGUCGUUGUCUGGAAACAUAUCAACGAAGUCCUACUGGACAGCGAGAACGCUGACAAGAACCGAACCUGUGUACUCACACUGGAUAGUGACUUUACAAAUGGGGGCGGUGAGCUGAAGUUCUCCAGCCCACUGGCAGCGGAGCUGGUGGCCGCUCUGAAGCAAGGUCUCGCAGACAGCAGACCAGCAAGAGUUGCCAAAAAGCUAAGCAAGAGUGAGGGAGAUCUACGCUCACCCAAGUGCAGUGACCCUGACAUAGGUGAGGUGCGCCGCAGCAGCUGGUAUAGUGGCCCUUCGGAGGUGUCUCUCGACGACCUUGAUCUCGUUAUGUCUAAGGAAUCGAACCGCAUACCCAGCGGGCAGUUAUCCCGUUGCAGCGGCGCCGGCGACCUCGGUCCGUCGUCCGUGGCUCGCUCCGCCUUACUCCUGCACACUUGUGCCAUUCAGUCUUUGACUUCUCUUGAUGACAACAUGUCGGACCGUCGUUCCAUCGCAUCGGUAGCUUCGGGGAUCUACGAGGAGAUCGCUGAGGUCCCGGCCGAGGGCGGUGCGCCGGCCGACGAGCCCACCUACGAGUCGGUGGCCGAGUGCGUGUACGCAACCAUGCGGCGCGCCCCAAGACGCGUGCCUCCGCCCCCGCUACCACCGCGGUUGCCCUUCGGACCAUCAAAGUUGGGUGAGUCGUGGAACUGCCGCGUGCAGUCGGGUAGUGCGGUCACCCGGCACGGCUCGCUGGGCUCGUUGCCGCGCUGCUGCAGCCUCAGCUCCGGCUCAGAGGCAUCAUCAGCAGCCUCGGGCUGCGAGGGCCGCCUCUUGCCGUCCACGGCGAAAACCUUGCCCAAAUUUGACAAGACUAGACAGCCUUUUAGUGUAUUCCGAAAAAGACUCAAAAGUGACUCGCGCCUCGGCAGCUCCCCAAAAUCUGACACAUCCAAAGAGAACAAAGACGUCGAGACAAAAAAGAAGAGGUUCGACUUCACGCCCAAGCGCGACAUAUUCAAAAGCUUUAAGGUGAGUAGGAAGAUGAAAAACUUGAAGAUCACGUCGGGGGCUCUCGCCAAGGGGGAGACGAAGAGUUGCGAGUUUUUAGACGAAACAGAGCACGUGCAAGCAAACCGAUGCUCCAAAUCUGUCGAAUGCCUCGAAGACUCAGAUAAGUUUCUGGACGAUUUCGAGGCCGAUCUGUCUAUAGAAUUCAACGACGACACCGUGGCAGCUCUAGCGUUACCACAAGAAAUUGUAGAUUUGAUACUACGAGGGCGCGAUCAAUUCGCCAAAAUAAGGUUAAAAGAUACCCCCGUGGAAGGGGAUUAUCUCCCCAUGUCCCCGAUAGUGCCGCCCCCGCCGAUAGAACACCAAUAUAUGGUGAUGUCGCCUAGGACGAAUCUCGCAUAAAUCUAGUCCUUAGUAUGUAGCUUGAUAUAUAGACAGGAAACCGCGGA